GUGUGAUGGUUUGACAACAUGGCGACUACAGCGAUGGUGAUGUCGCCUCUCGCGACGCAGCCGUCGCCGAAGAACAAGCGGCGGCUCUUUGCAGAGGCGCGCCAGAACAGCCUGCAGAAGCUCAGCGUGAUAUUCGACCAUGGACACAAGAACGGCAAUGGUGGGGAGACGACAUGGUGUUUCAGUCAGGUGAAAGGCACCCUCGAGGAUGACGUGACGGAGGCCGACCUGAUAUCAUGCGUCGAGUUCAACCACGACGGCGAGCUUCUCGCCACCGGCGACAAAGGCGGCAGGGUUGUUAUAUUUCAGAGGGAUCCAGCAUCAAAGCAAUGCGUGCCCAAGAAGGGCGAGUACAACGUCUACUCGACGUUCCAGUCUCACGAGCCGGAGUUCGACUACCUCAAAUCCUUGGAGAUAGAGGAGAAAAUCAACAAAAUAAGAUGGCUCAAGAGAAAGAACCAAGCACACUUCCUACUCUCCACAAAUGACAAAACUAUUAAGCUUUGGAAGGUGUCAGAGAGGGACAAACGCGUGACGGGCUACAACACACGCGAGGAAGGAGGUCGACCACGAGACCCGGCACGAGUUACGCAGCUUCGCGUUCCCACCGUUCUCCCAGCCGACCUCAUGGUUGAGGCGUCCCCCAGACGAAUAUUCGCCAACGCACACACAUACCACAUAAACUCGAUCUCGUUGAACUCUGACCAAGAGACGUACCUGUCCGCGGACGACCUCCGCAUCAACCUGUGGCACCUCGAGAUCACCGACCAGAGCUUCAACAUUGUCGACAUCAAGCCCGCCAAUAUGGAGGAACUCACCGAGGUCAUUACCGCGGCUGAGUUCCACCCGACUGAAUGCAAUCUCUUUGUAUAUUCUAGUAGUAAGGGUACAAUAAGGCUAUGCGAUAUGCGCGCGGCGGCGUUAUGCGACCGCCACGCGAAAUUGUUCGAGGAGCCAGAAGACCCGCACGCGAGGUCUUUCUUCUCCGAGAUCAUUUCCUCUAUCAGCGAUGUCAAGCUGAGCAACUCUGGCAGAUAUAUGAUGUCAAGAGAUUAUCUAGGUUUAAAAGUAUGGGAUCUUAGAAUGGAAACGAAGCCUGUAGAAACAUAUCCAGUGCACGAGUAUUUACGUUCAAAGCUGUGCUCGUUGUACGAAAACGAUUGUAUCUUUGAUAAGUUUGAAUGCUGCUGGAGCGGUGAUGACCAGCGGCUAAUGACCGGAUCUUAUAAUGGAUUCUUUAGGAUAUUUGAGCGUGGUGGUGGCGGCGGCGCGGGCGCAGGUGGUGCGACUCGGCGCAGCGAGCUCACACUCGAGGCGUCGCGCGACGCGGCGGCGCGGCCCCGCCAGCCGUUGAGGGCGAGACGCGUCGCCGCCACCGCUAAGAGGAAGAAGGACGAAAUAAGCGUCGACUGUUUGGACUUCAACAAGAAAAUCCUCCACACGGCGUGGCAUCCCCACGAGAGCAUCAUAGCAGUCGCUGCGACGAACAACCUCUUCAUAUUCCAAGACAAGUUCUAGCGGGCCCCCUAGCGCGUCCGCCCCGGCCUUAGGUGAGAGAGCACAUAGUAUACAUUUAGGCGCGGCUUCACGAGGCCCCCGGAUGUUGGGGGUCUCAUAUUGUAUGGGUGACUUAGGCCUCCACAUGUAAGGGGCCUCAUAUUGUAUUUACAAAUAUCGGCUCAUUAGUGAUUGUUGGCUGCCUCGGUUUGGACGAGACCGAGGUCUCUUGUAUUUACAUAUGUGUGACCACACGGCCCCUGGUUAGGGCCUCGUUUUGUAUUUAUACAGACAAAAUAUACCCGCAAGAGCGCUCAUAAUUAUUAAAUAAAUUCAUUUAUUUGCUUUCAAUAUUAUUAUAAAAAAAUCCAUUUAUAACUUUUUGACGUUUGAUGACCGUCGCACAAUUAUUCCGAUUCGUCAAAAGAUAGAUGAUAGCUCGCGAUUGCUUUUAGACGUUGUUAAAUGUCAAACAAGUUAUAGAAUCAACCCACAUUUUCUGACAAAGUACGAAAAACAUUCAUAUGCGCGGCUAAGAUAACAACAUCUCAGGCCUCCUUGUAUGAGGGGCCCGUUUUCCAUAUCACAAUAUAUUUGUCUUUUUCUAUUUGAAUUGGUUUGAACAGUUUUUGUAAAUAGCAACGCCUAUUGUCAUUUGAGAUUGUUUGUUGUGACUAUAAUAAGUAAAAAGUAUUAUUACUGAACAAAUAAUGGUGGUACAUACUUCUUCUUGUGAAAAAAAGGGAUUUUAUAGGGUGAAAAUUGUUAGCAAUAAAAAUAUACUUACAUUUGCUUUGGAAUAAUGAAAGCGUUGACUGUGAAUAAAUUAAAAAA